AAUACUUUUACGAAAGAAAUUAAAAAGAGCUACACGUGUCACAAACAAACUUUUCCAACUCCAAUAGCAUAAAAGAGACGUUCGGGUAAUUUCGUUCACACGUAUAUCGUUCUCCUACUGGACAGAACAGCAGGUCCAAGGAAACCUCUUACCAUGAAGAUUCUUUUGAUAACGACCCUGCUGUUAGCCGCCGUAACUACAGUUUCUCUUGCGGAUGGCAUUGAAGCGAUUGUUGGCAAUGCCAAUGACACUAACUAUAGAUUGCCGAAUAAUUCAGUGCCAAUUUCAUAUUCUAUCAGAUUGAUACCGUAUCUCGUAGACAAUUUUACAUUCGAUGGAGAAUCAACGAUUGAACUUGAGAUUCUAGAAUCAAGUUCUUCGAUAACUCUUCACAUAGUAAAUAUAACUAUAGACGAGAGUUCAACAUCUGUGGUGUCCAAUGAUAAUGUACACUACGAUAUAAACAAUCAUGCUUAUGAUAACACAAAAUCCUUUUUAAUUUUGAAUUUCUCCACCGUUUUGCCAACUGGAUUUUAUACACUAUAUUUGAAGUAUGUUGGUCUCAUAAUGUAUUCGGAUUUUGGUGGUCUCUAUAGAACUUCUUAUACCAAGGACGACGGUGAAACCGUCUGGUCGGCUGUCACACAAUUUGAAACAAGUGUAGCGCGCCGAGCUUUCCCCUGCUGGGACGAACCUGCACUCAAAGCUACCUUUACCAUUUCUAUUAAACACGAUGUUAACUACACGGCGUUAUCAAAUAUGCCAGUUGCCAGUCAAUCGGCAAUCGACAAGACUGAUAACAAAUUAUGGACGAAUUUUGAAAGAACACCCAUCAUGUCUACAUACUUGGUGGCUUAUGCCGUUUUGGAUAAUGGAUACAUCAGUCACGGGGACGAAAGAUUCAGAGUUUGGUCUCGCGAAGAUGAUCCUCGUGAUACAAAUUAUGCAUUGACUCAAGGGGAGUCGAUGUUAAAAUAUUUAGAAGAAUACACGACGAUUCCGUAUACUUUACCAAAAAUGGAUGAAAUUUCUAUACCGGACCCUUCCGUUACUACUUUUGAAAAAUGGGGCUUGAUUAUCGGCAGAGAAGAAGAAUUGCUAUACGACGACAGCGUAGAUAGGACAGUUACAAAACAAACUAACGCCCAAGUUAGUGCUAAUGUAAUGGCUCAUCAAUGGUUUGGAAAUUUUGUCACUGCAUCCUGGUGGAAGUAUUUUUGGCUGAAUGAAGGCUUCGGGGUUUAUUUUCAAUAUUACGUCACGGACCAGGUGGAAGACAAUUGGCGCUUUAUGGAACAAUUCGUAGUUCGUAUUUCACAGGGAAGAUCCUUUAUUGCUGAUUCUUCCGAAACCACUCGUCCCUUGAAUCAGGAUGUAUCAACUUAUGAAGAAAUUAAUGCACUUUACGAUUCAAUUACCUAUGGCAAAGCGGCUUCUGUGAUUCACAUGAUGUCCAAUUUCCUAACUCCCCAAGUCUUUCACGAUGGACUCAUCAGAUACUUAAAGAAUAAUGCCUAUAAGGCGGUCACGCCCGAU